CGUCACAUCUUCAUCCUCUCAGCGAUUUCUCACAAUAUUUCACCAUCGACACAGUUGAAAUAAUUGUUGGUUGUUUGUGGCAAAGGACUCAUACUGCCUCGAGACGGCAAGGUGUUCUAAACAAGUGUUAUCUCCAUGGCAAGUCUGUUGGGUUGUGUAGCGAUCAUGCGUAUUCACCCUAUACCAUGAGCCCCCCUCCAAGUACACCUACGCCAAAGAGGUUUCUUCUCCCAAAACGGGGAACGCAGUCAUCGCAAACCCCGGCGACGUUGCCGCGCUUCCAGUCAACUCCUCGCUUUGCCCCCUCUUCUGUUCCUAGGCCGACACAGGCAAGAACCGGCAUAGACAUUGAAGACGUUGAAGAAGUUGGAGACAAUUCACAGGAAACCCUUUCAGAGAGUGGUGAUGAUCAGAUUCAGCCUAGAAAGCAUAACUCGAUUCAUGACUCCAUCGAAAUCGAGUCUGACGAUGCAACUGCGUCACAAGGUGGCAGCAUAGCCAUUUCAGAUAACGAACCAGAUGUCAUUCUUCCAGGCUCUAUGGACCUUGAGAUGUCUAACUCUACACCUUCGCCAUACGGUUCUUCUCCAUUGGAAGAGCGGGAGCCGAAACGGCGAAGGGUAUCGAGUUCACCUCGGCGAGAAUCUAACACACUAAGAGAGCAGCACAACCCAGCCAACGAAUCCCCAGAAGAGGUUUACGAAAGUGGCCACACGCCAUCAGAAGGUUCUACACAGAGUAUCCAGGAUGCCACCAAUCUCAAUGAUGAGUUAAAACCGCUUCAGCAGCCAACCUUUCACGCACCACCGCGCUUCAAGCCCGUUGACGUCGAUCCCGCAGUAGAUGGCCUCCCAGCAGCAUUCUCUCCCCAACGUCGAGGAGAAAAAUACAUAGCUGGUGGAUUAGCUGCCGACCUCCAAGGCUGGCUGUCUGAAGUCAAGGGGUGGGAAGGUGCGGCAUCAACCACAACUUUGACCAAGAAAGUGAUUAUCGAGGAAAUUCGACCAGGCCGGCGUAUGUACCUAGUAAAGGGGCGGACCGAUACAUCCGAAGAGAGUAAAUACUUACUUGCUGGCGAAGGCAGGUUAACAGGUCUUGGACAGAGGAUGCCGGUUAUUGUUGGGAGUGUUGUUGAUGUGGGACAACCUGUAUGGGAUAUUGUGUUGGAUGGGCAAGUUUGGACGGUGGCGUGUGAUUGGGGUAUAUCUGAGAGCGGGAGCAACAGUAAAACCAAACGGUUCUCAGUUGUUUGAGAAGUGGCCUUGGGCUUCAAGAGUGUAUCUUGUUGGCAUUGGGGGCAGUUAUAUACAAGGACCUCAAGGUGCGGUGAGUCGCUUUAGAAUCGAGCUGCUACAAUACAUAUGGCUCUCUCGUAACCGCAA